UCAGGAUUGUGAAAUAGAGCUCGCAGCAAGAGAGAAUCUUAAAGGCAACUCAUCGACACAGAGGAAAACAUCUUGGACCGUCUGCUGAAUCCUAAAACAGAAAGAUCAGGGGAGUGUUGGGUGAAAUUCUUCCUUCAAGAUCGACCUGAGCAGAGGGACACGAUGUCGCCACUGGCUCUUCUGGCGGCUCUUCUCGCUCUUCAUUUACAGGAAGCCAGAGGCUUUGAAGGAUGUCAAGGCAAUGGACUCAGGGUUAGUUGUGCUGGACUGCGUCUCAAACAGGUCCCAACUCUUUGGCCAAACAUCACCCAUCUUUAUUUAGAGACGAACCACAUCGGGGAAAUCAACAGCACUUCGCUCCGUGGUUUCCCGGAGCUGCUGGAUUUAGACCUCGGAAAUCAACAGGUGCCACUUGUCAUCAGGAACGACGCGUUCCUGAAGCAGACGAAGCUCAUCCGCUUGGUCCUCGGGAACAAUCUGGGCCUUAAACUGGAGCUGAGAAGUUUUGCCGGGAUGUCCAGUUUACGGAUGCUCUUUUUGGACCGGUGUAGGUUAAGAGACUCCUUUCUGACGGAGCGCUUUCUCCAGCCGCUUGAGUCUUUGGAGUUCCUCUCCCUGUUCGGAAACAACAUCGAGAAUCUCCGCCCUGGACUUUUCUUUUUCAGCCUCAGGAAGCUGAAUCAGCUGGACCUGAAGCUGAAUCAAAUCCAGCAGUUAUGUGAAAGUGAUCUUCUGGGCUUCAGAGGGAAAAGCUUCUCAUAUCUCAACUUGAGUUCCAAUCAUUUGUUCAAAAUGUGCGACGGCAGCUUCGACUGGGAGAGGUGCGGGAAACCAUUCAGAGGAAUGACCUUUGAUAUCCUGGACCUCACCUCAAACGGGUUCAACACCACCGGGGCGGAAGAGUUUUUCAACUUGAUGGAGGAGGCGCAGAUCUCCGAACUCAAGUUCUCGGCCAACAUGGGGAAAGGGUUCGCUCAUAAGAACAACCCAGACCCAAACAAGGGGACGUUUAAGGGCCUCAACACCAGCUUUGUGGACCGUAUGAAUUUGUCUGGAAACCGGAUUUUUGCCUUAGAGGAGGCCGUGUUCAGCUGUUUGAGGAGAACCAGAGUCAUCGACGUCUCGCUCAACAAGAUCAAUCAGAUCGAAGAUGGGGCGUUCAACAAUCUCCAGUCGAGCCUGCAGUGGCUCAACCUCUCCUUUAACCUCCUUGGAGAGGUUUAUGAAUCCACCUUUAAAAACCUGACCAAGUUGAGGAUUUUGGAUUUGUCGUACAACAACAUCGGACAGCUGGGACCCAACGCUUUCGAAGGACUUCCAUAUUUACGAACGUUAUAUCUCACCGGGAACUCGCUGCGGGACCUGGGUUUCCCGGCUUUACUGCCGAACCUGGAUUUCCUGCUGCUGGGUGACAACAGGCUUCAACAUCUGUACGACAUCGCUGCGUGGGGCCGGGCUGCUAUUCACCUGGACGUCACUGACAACAGGCUGACCAAUUUACAGGACGUCUAUUCUAUCAUCAGGCACUUCAAGUUUCUGAAAAACUUCUUUUACGGUGGGAAUUUCAUCCGCUGGUGCGCCCUUGGCUCCAACGAUGUGAUUCCUCGUAACGGCACACUGGAAGUUUUGGACCUUCAUCGCAGCUCCCUGCAGAUAAUUUGGUCUCAAAAGGUUUGUCUUGAUCUGUUUGACAAUCUGGACUCAGUUGUGGGUCUGAAUCUGAGCUUCAACGCUCUCGCAGCUCUGCCGCCCGGGAUUUUUCGUGGGCUCACUUCAAUGGCAGUGUUGGAUCUCUCUUCAAACUCCUUGACUUAUCUUCAGCAGGAUGUUUUUCCCAGACACCUGGAGACUCUUUUCAUCUCAAACAACUUCCUGGCAGCUCCGGACCCGCAGACCUUCAGAUCACUUCGCUUCAUUGACCUCGCCAAAAACCGUUUUCACUGCGACUGUAAGCUAGAGCCCCUCCUGGCGUGGAUGAAUGAGACCAACGUGACCUCCAUGAGUCCGCUGGAAGACAUGAGAUGCGAGUUUCCUGCUGCGCUCUACAACGUCCCCCUGCUUGACUACUCAGUCGUCGUCGAACCAUGCAAGGAAGAUGAUGAAGAAGACGUCCGGGAGCUUCAGUUUGCUCUGUUUGUCUUCUCUGCCGUCCUCGUCGUCUCCGUGGUCCUCAGCGGGAUGGUCCACGCACGACUCCGAGGUCACAUCUACGUCAUCUACAAGAAGAUGGUUGGAAGAGUUCUGGCGGGUCCCAAGCAUGAGCCCCACCUGGAAGAUAGGCAGUACGACGCCUACCUGUGCUUCAGCAACAAUGACUACCAGUGGGUGGAGACGGCUCUGCUGAAGAAGCUGGACAACCAGUUCGCUGACGAAAACCUUCUACGCUGCUGCUUUGAAGCCAGGGACUUCCUCCCCGGGGAAGACCACCUGUCCAACAUCAGAGAAGCCAUCUGGGCCAGCAGGAAGACCGUGUGUGUGGUCUCCAAAGAGUUCCUCAACGACGGCUGGUGUCUGGAUGCGUUCACUCUGGCCCAAGGUCGAAUGCUGGAGGAGCUGACGAACGUUCUCAUCAUGUUGGUGGUGGGGAAGGUGACGCAUUACCAGCUGAUGAGGUUCGCUGCAAUGAGAGCUUUCGUCCAGAAGAGGGAGUACUUGGUCUGGCCCGAGGACCCGCAGGACCUGGACUGGUUCUACGAGCGGCUUCUCUCUCGGAUCCUGAAGGAAAAGAAGCUGCAGAAACACGUGGAGGGUGAAGCAGAACCUGAUCUUGAACCUCAGAACCAGGACGGGAUUCAGUUGGAGGACUUGCGCGCGAACUGAAGAGGAUUCACAAGGUGCACCGCUACUCUUUCGUUCCCGGGGGGUUAUUGCAAAUGUUUACUGGUCCACUACUUCUAUUGAAAGCUGUCAGAAUUGGAUUUUUGAUAUUUGAGAAUGUACUAGAAGUCAAGUAAGAAUCACAAGAAUCAAGCUCAUUGUAAUGUUUUUCUUUUUUUAACGUGUGAAAUUAAUGUUUUCUUUCUUUACAUUUCUCUUCUCCUGGGUCAAAAUCAACAGUUAAUUCAAUUUAUGUCACUUGAAUAAUAAAACUUAAAUGAUAGCAAGAAGAGAGCAUUUUAUACAAGUUAAAAAAUUGUGGGUUUUUUGUACGUAUUCAUCAAGUGUUGCG